AAAAAAAUUAAUUUUACUCCUACAGCCUAGGGUUUGCGAAUGAUUUGAAUCGAGAUCAAUGGAAACUGAAAAGAAAUUGGGGAUCGAUUCUGCGGAAGAACGGUCGGAUUAUACAGAGACAUCCGAAGAUGAAAGCGAGGUAUUCGGUUUGGUUAAACUCUUUGGUUACGACAAAAAUCUACCCCCUAUACUUACACCAGGAUUCCGAGCGACGGAUACAGAUGAUGAUUCCGACAGCGAUCAAGAUAUGACUGAUGAGGAAUGCCGCCUUUAUUCCGAACAAGUUGAGAAGAGCGGUGGUUUUGAUGUUGGAUUCAUACCUGGAGUCAACAUGUUGGGUCAAAUUUUUCCAAUGGAUAUAGAAGACAAGAGAUUCUUCGAUUAUGACUUCGGUUCACAGCUUGCAGUUGACGAAUACAGAUGUCGUUUCAAGGACGAAAAUAGAGAGCUGGAGUUUGUGAAGGUUUUGAAGGUGAUGUCUCAGGUUGCCAAUGCUGUCAGAUUCUACAUAACCUUCGAGGCCAAGGAUCUUGCUGAUGGAGACAAGAUUAAGAUAUAUCAAGCUGUGGUGUUACUGGAGGUUGGAACUAAGAUCACUUUGAAAUCUUUUAGGCUCAAACCUCCUGAGGACGGACAAGAAGGUACAGGCAAUCAUGGGAAAGAAUGGUUCUGGGAAGGUCACCUCAGCCACGGUCGUUCGGUUGGGUAAGAUGAUGUUCGGCUUGCUUAUGGAGUUUAAAAUGGUUACCGUGAAUAUGCGAUAACCUACUUGCUGCAGUAGAAGGAAAGCACUGACUUCUCUUGUAUUUCUUCUUCUUUCAUUUGGUUACAGUUUCUCACCGGAUUUCAACGAAAAAGAAGUAUGCUUGCAUGUCAGAAAAUUACAGUAUAAUUAAUCGACGAUGGGGUUUUGUGUAGUUUAACUGACUGUGAUCCCCGUAGUUUUGCCUACUCAAAACUGCUUUAAUUUCUUGCUGCAGAAAAUUGAAAUUCAAAUACAGUUU